AUGCGACUGCCCAAGUUCAAGACGCCGUCGUGCUACAUCGACGCCAAGGUGCUCAAGGAUAACGCCAUCCGGCACGUGUCUGCCCAGCAGGAGAUUAACCGACGGGCCCUCAAGUCGAUUUCGCAGAACACCACUCUGCCCAUGAAGCAGCGGAUCCAGGCCCAUCUCCAGCUCACCUCCAUGCCCGUCUUUUCUAACAUCCACGCGGCAAAGCCCCGAUGUGUCGAGACCGGAAGAUCCAAGGGUAUUAUCAAGGAGUUCAAGCUGUGUCGAGUGAGUACAACCGAAGCGAAGACCAAAGGUCUGAGUGAAGAAUGA